CGCGCCUGGUGCAGGCAGAGCGCCCUGGGACGCCGACAGUCGGCUAGCGCACCCCGCCAAUGGCGCGCCCCCCGAGCCCACGACCAAUGCUGCCUGCGCUCCUGCUGCUGCUGCCGCUGCUGCUCCGAGCGGGGGACCACCUCCCCACAGAAGGCCGGCUCAUGAACAGCUGUAUCCAGGCCAGGAGGAAGUGCCAGGCCGAUCCCACUUGCAAUGCUACCUACCACUACUUGAAUUCCUGUGCCUCUAGUAUAAGCACCUCAUCACCUGCAGAGGAGCCUUCAGUCCCUGAGGACUGCAUGGAGGCAGCACAGCAACUCAGGAAUAGUUCUCUGAUGAGCUGCACAUGCCAUCGGCGCAUGAAGAACCAAGCUACCUGCCUGGACAUCUACUGGACCGUUCACCCUGCCCGUAGCAUUGGUGACUAUGAGCUGGAUGUCUCUCCCUAUGAAGACACAGUGACCAGAAAACCCUGGAAAAUGAAUUUCAGCAAACUGAACAUGCUCAAACCAGACUCGGACCUCUGCCUCAAGUUCGCCAUGCUGUGCACUCUUAAUGACAAGUGUGACCGGCUGCGCAAGGCGUACGGGGAGGCGUGCUCCGGGUCCCGCUGCCAGCGCCACACUUGCCAAAGGCAGCUGCGCUCCUUCUUCGAGAAGGCGUCGGAGCCCCACGCUCAGGGCCUGCUGCUGUGCCCGUGCGCGCCCACCGACCAGGGUUGCGGGCAGCGCCGGCGCAACACCAUCGCCCCCAGCUGCUCACUGCCAUCGGAGGCCCCCAACUGCCUGGAGCUGUGGCACAUAUGCCUGUCCGACCCGCUGUGCAGAUCGCGCCUGGUGGAUUUUCAGACCCACUGCCAUCCCAUGGACAUCCUAGGGACCUGUGCAACAGAGCAGUCCAAAUGUCUGCGAGCAUACAUGGGGCUGAUUGGGACUGCCAUGACUCCCAACUUUGUCAGCAACGUCAAUGCCAGUGUUGCCUUAAGCUGCACCUGCCGAGGCAGUGGCAAUCUGCAGGAGGAGUGUGAGCGGCUGGAAGAGUCCUUCUCCCGAAACCCCUGCCUCAUGGAGGCCAUUGCAGCUAAGAUGCGUUUUCACAGCCAACUCUUCUCCCAGGACUGGACAGCCUCUACCUUUUCCAUGAUGGAACGCCAGGACAAAAACCCUGCUCUGAGGCCACAGCCCUGGGUGCCCUCUCUUUUCUCCUGUACACUUACCUUGAUUCUGCUCCUGAGCCUCUGGUAGCUGGACUUCCCUGGGGGCCCUCUUCUCCUUUACCACACCCAGCUGACCUGCAGCCUGCAAGGGUUGAGGAAAGGACAGCAUCAGGAAGGAGGUUUGGUAUACAACAUGGCAACCCUGACGUUACCCCACACCUCCAGUUGACUCCAGAUUAGGCCACAGUAGAAGCUGACUAGCCUAGUUCUCAUUCCCUUCACUUCUUUUUUUGUUUUGUGUUGUUGUUGUUGUUGUUGUUUUUGCCCGUGCUGCUUGGCUUUUGGGAUCUUAGUUCCCCGACCAGGGAUUUAACUGGUCCCUUGGCAGUGAAAGCUCAGAGUCCUAACCACUGGACCGCCAGGGUCAUUCCCUUCACUUCUGACUCAGGCUGCCCCUCCUUAGGACUUUAGCCAUAUCUUCUGGUGAUGUCCAGCUCUACCAGGCUCUCUUCUUACCCCUUUCUUCUGCCCACCAGCAUCACCCAGGCUCUAACAAAUCAGUCACGCUCUCUUGCAUUCUCCAGAUAGGCAGGGCUGGGUGUUCUGAAGCAACCUAGAAAGACAUUCCUCAUGGUGAGGAAAGCUGGAGCAAGACUCUUGGCCCCUUGUCUCCUCCUCUGAAGGGGGAAUGGGAACCUACUGCCUUCCCAGGGAUCCUACAGAACAUUUGAGCAUCACGAGCUGGAGCAUAUGGGCCUUGCUUUCUUCCUGCUACUGUCCCAAAGUCCCCUUAGCCUCUUGGAUCAUGAUUAAACAUUUUAACUUAAAA